AGUUUUUCCAAGUCGGUUGAGAAGUAUAGUUGUUUCGUCGGUGUAUUAGAGAGCUGUUGAUUUGCGAUCAUUUCUUGCUUUUUCGUGUGAUCGAUUUGUGUUUGUCCUGUAUGAAAGUAUGAGCAACGAAUAGUGAUCGUUUGUCCCUAGUCGUAGUGAAAAGUUGUUCAGUUUAACGUGCUUUUAGCAUCUUCGUAUGUGUAUCGAUCCAGGUGAUAGGUGGAUACAAGUAAUCAAAUUAAUAAAGUGUUAACAACGUUUUCAUUCCAAUAUCCCGCUCUAAGUGGGAAAUAUUUAGCUCUAUCGGAAAAACCUAGUGAAAUGUUUAUUCGAGGUGGAAACCUGAAAAUCUGGUUUGUGAUAGCAUUCGCGUUGAGUUUGCUAGUACUCGGUGUUCUAGUCACAUUCGGAUUCAGCACACUAAUUAACACUAUUAUUAAUCAUCAAGUAGCACUUAGGAAAGGAGGACAAUCAUAUGGUUGGUGGUCGAAACCUCCUGUGGAGCCGAUUAUCCGGCUUUACGUCUAUAACGUCACCAAUGCUGACGAGUUCCUAAACAAUGGAACCAAACCUAUCCUUGACGAACUGGGCCCUUAUGUGUAUGUGCAAACAUGGGAAAAAGUAAACAUAGUCGAAAAUCCCAAUGGGACUAUCAGUUUUAAUCAGAAGCGAGUAUAUUUGUUUGAUGAGGAACAGUCGGGUGGUUCAGAAGACGAUGUUGUGAUAGUACCAAACAUUCCAAUGCUUAGCGCUACUUCACAAAGCAAACAUGCAGCUCGCUUUUUACGACUUGCAAUGGCUAGUAUCAUGGAUAUACUGAAGAUUAAACCGUUCGUUGAAGUAUCAGUUGGGCAGCUUCUUUGGGGCUAUGAAGACCCAUUGCUGAAGCUCGCGAAGGAUGUGGUUCCCAAAGAACAGAAGUUACCGUACGAAGAAUUUGGUCUCAUGUAUGGAAAGAAUAGUACAUCAAAGGAUAGGGUAACUAUUUGGUCAGGCGUGGACGAUAUCAGAAAGUACGGUAUCAUAGACCAAUAUAAUGGACGAUCUCACCAAACGCAUUGGUUAACGGAAUCGUGCAAUCGUUUAAAUGGAACAGACGGAUCCAUAUUCCCACCACAUAUCACGAAAAACACCACCUUGAUGGUUUACGAAAAAGAUCUGUGUCGUCUCUUACCGCUGUCGUUCGAGAAGGAGGUCACGACUAAAAAUGGGGUACAAGGCUACCGCUUUAGUCCUGCACCAGAUGUGUUCGCUUCGGUUGAUAUUAAUCAGGAUAAUAUGUGUUAUUGUCCGGCAGGACCACCAUGUGCACCCAACGGAUUUUUCAACGUUUCGCUGUGUCAAUACGAUUCCCCGAUUUUGCUCAGUUUCCCCCAUUUCUACUUAGCUGAUCAGUCGUAUCGUUUGGCUGUUGAAGGAAUUUCUCCUCCCGAGAAAGAGAAACAUCAGCUUUUUAUUGAUGUACAGCCGGAAAUGGGUACAGCACUACGAGCACGCGCCCGGAUUCAAAUCAAUCUGGCGGUCAGUCAAGUGGUCGACAUCAAACAAGUGGCGAACUUCCCGGACAUUGUUUUCCCGAUCUUAUGGUUCGAGGAAGGCAUCGAUUCACUACCGGACCAAAUACUCGAGCUAAUGAAGGUCGCUACAACUGUCCCGCCGAAGGCAAAAUUCGUACUAACCAUUGUACUGUUCGCCGUUGGAGGUCUCCUCUUCGUAAUUGCUGUUUUCUGUUUAGUGCGUAAAUCACACCGACAAAGCACGCUACAUCUUGAAGGAUCAAACUACCUGGCAACGGCAUCAGUUGACCAAGCCAAAAAGAAAGCCAAACUAGAAAACGGUAGCCACACAAAUUGAUUUUUUUUUUGUUGUGGAGGAUGUGAAUUGUAAACAGUACGAAAUUGUAUUUAUUUAGACAUGAAGAGGUCUGUGAGGAUAACAUGCUUAAAAAGAUUGCUCAAUUUUUACAAUUUAGAAAAUUCCUCUGACGUGCAAGCUAUGUGAAAAUCGAUUCAAACUAGAUAAGAAUACAUUCCGACAACUAUAAAAAACGAACGUAAUUUCGAAAAAAAAUUCACCAGAGAUAUGCGAAUAUAUUUUUUCCCAUUUGUCACUUCUUACAAGGUUACUAUCGGUUGCAGUAUCAUGAAUCCACUUCGAUUUAUAGUGAAACUUUCAACCAUUAUCAAACAAAUACAAUGUGUACGUAAAGAUUGUGGAGAACUUUCUAAACAAAUGUUGUCACACUAUUGACAAAUUUCUUCUACGCAUUUUGAUGCAAUGUCUAUCGUCAUGGCAUUACCACAACACAUUGUUGCUGAUCAGAUUCAGCCGAAAAAUACCUAUGUAUUAUAGAAGAACGCCUACAAAUUUAUUGCUGGUAUUGACUCAAGAAAGUCCUAAUAUAAUCUGCAAUAUAAAACUAUUCGGUUUUUGUAUAGAAAUACUAGAUUCAAUUCUUUUUUUUUGGUUUCCCAACAUGCACUCCACACCAUCUGGGAGAAGUUUAGAACUCAAACUUUAAAUCAAUAUUUACCUUUUAAGUACCCGUAAACUGUAACGCCAUUUAUUUCCAACGUUGUGUCGCGUUGUAGUCGAGAUAUGAGAAAAAACCCCUAUGGAUUUAAGGUCUACCCUAUAUAAAUUUUGAUAUGAUGUAUAUUUCUACGAGUAAGGUAUUGACUCUCUAAAAGUGGUGGCAAAGGUUAGGGACAACAGACUGACUUGAGUGUCAUUGUAAUGAUUCAUAAUUAUUUUUUAUACGGUAUAAUGGUAUAUCAUCGGUCUGUGGAUAUCAUUCUUAAUAAGUUAGAGCGAUAAUGUGUUGAUAGAGCAAAACAAAAGAAAAAAAUACAACAAUAAACGAACAUUUUGUGAUAUAA